GCAUUUUGAUGCUUUGUGCAUUCAUUUCUUUCUGUGCUUUGUUGGAAUCUGGCUAUCUGCUUACAGCUGUGUUGGAAAUCCUGCUCUGGAGGGGCGGCGGGCAGGCUCUGCCCUACCUGCGCUGGGCGAUCAGCGGCUGUGCGCUCACCAAGGGAGGAAUAUGUUGAUAAAUCACAAUGUGCAUUUGUGGAGGGUUGUGCAUAUCUUGGCUGCAGCUUGCUAAAUAGGCCAUUUAGCAAUCUUCUUUCAAUGCUUUUCUCUUGAGCACUGCCUGGGGUGCUGAAAAAGCAGAGGGCAAGCCUUUGUCUGACGCCAAAAAUGUCUUCAGUGAAGAGGCCAAGAGGAAGGCCUCCUUCCUCCAAGAAGACUGAUGGUUCAGGAUCACAUACUAAGUCACAGAAUACCCAGGUGAGGGCAAUGUCUGAAAAGAAGCAGAGGAAAAAAGCAGACUCUGAAAGUAAACAAGAGAAGGCAAAUCGCAUAAUAUCUGAAGCGAUUGCAAAAGCAAAAGAGAGAGGAGAGAGAAACAUCCCACGAGUAAUGAGUCCAGAAAACUUCCCCAGUGUUUCAGCUGAAGGAAAAGAGGAAAAGAAAGGUAGAAAAGUUAAAUCGAAACCCAAGGACAAGGAAAGCAAAAAGCCAAAAACUGGUUCCUCAUCCAAAACUAAAGAGAAAACAAAAAUUGGGAAGCUAAUCAUCACGCUGGGUAAGAAACAGAAAAGAAAAAAUGAAUCUUCAGAUGAAUUGUCUGAUGCUAAGCAGACUCCGCAGAAGUCAUUGAAAGAUGAAGAUUCACAAAAGAGAAGAUCAAAUCGUCAAGUUAAAAGGAAAAAGUAUGCUGAAGAAGGAGAAGGAAAACAAUCGGAAGAAGAAGCGAAAGCUUCUGCAAAAAUCAAAAAGAAUUCUGCUCCUUUACCUGCUGAGCAGCCUUUACAAUUAUUUGUGGAGAAUCCAAGCGAGGAAGAUGCAGCAAUUGUAGACAAAAUUUUAUCUUCUAGGAUAAUAAAGAAAGAAGUAUCUGCUGGGAUGACAGUAGAAACAGAAGAGUUUUUUGUAAAAUACAAGAACUACUCUUAUCUCCACUGUGAGUGGGCCACAGAACAGCAGCUUUUAAAGGAUAAAAGAAUCCAGCAGAAAAUAAAACGGUUCAAACUAAGGCAAGCACAAAGAGCUCACUUUUUUGCAGAUAUGGAAGAAGAACCUUUUAAUCCUGACUAUGUCGAAGUAGAUCGGGUAUUAGAAGUCUCUCUUUGUGAAGAUAAAGACACUGGUGAGCCUGUUGUUUACUAUUUAGUAAAAUGGUGUUCGUUGCCAUAUGAAGACAGUACGUGGGAGCUGAAAGAAGAUGUAGAUCAAGCAAAAAUAGAAGAAUUUGAACAAUUGCAAGCUUCCAGGCCUGACUCAAGGAGAUUGGACCGACCACCUCCAAACUCAUGGAAGAAGAUAGAACACUCAAGGGAAUAUAAAAAUGGCAAUCAGCUCAGGGAAUAUCAACUGGAAGGACUUAACUGGCUUCUGUUCAACUGGUACAAUAGACGAAAUUGCAUUUUAGCAGAUGAAAUGGGUCUUGGCAAAACCAUUCAGUCAAUUACAUUCCUCUAUGAAAUCCUCCUGUCUGGUAUAAGAGGGCCUUUUCUGAUCAUAGCUCCACUUUCCACUAUAACAAAUUGGGAAAGAGAAUUUCGCACGUGGACUGACCUUAACGUUGUAGUGUACCAUGGAAGUAUGAUCAGCAGGCAGAUGAUUCAGCAAUAUGAGAUGUACUUCAGGGACUCCCAGGGACGUAUUGUUCGAGGUACCUACAGAUUCCAAGCCAUUAUCACAACUUUUGAAAUGAUUCUUGGUGGCUGUCCAGAGCUAAAUGCAAUUGAGUGGCGAUGUGUUAUUAUUGAUGAAGCGCACAGGCUGAAAAACAGAAACUGCAAACUGUUAGAAGGACUAAAAUUAAUGAACCUCGAACAUAAAGUGCUGUUAACUGGUACACCACUGCAGAACACAGUAGAAGAGUUAUUUAGUCUUCUUCAUUUUCUUGAACCAUUGCGUUUUCCUGCUGAAUCAACAUUCAUGCAAGAAUUUGGAGACCUUAAAACAGAGGAACAGGUUCAGAAAUUACAAGCUAUCCUGAAACCCAUGAUGCUCAGGCGAUUAAAAGAAGAUGUAGAAAAAAAGCUGGCUCCUAAGGAAGAGACUAUAAUUGAAGUAGAACUAACUAAUAUUCAGAAGAAAUACUAUCGAGCAAUCUUGGAGAAAAAUUUUGCUUUCUUAUCUAAAGGAGCUGGGCAAGCAAACGUACCAAAUUUGGUUAACACUAUGAUGGAACUCAGAAAAUGUUGUAAUCAUCCUUAUCUCAUCAAAGGUGCUGAAGAGAAAAUCCUUGGAGAGUUUAAAGAAACUUACAGCCCAACUGCACCAGACUUCCAUCUACAAGCAAUGAUCCAGUCUGCUGGUAAAUUGGUUCUUAUUGAUAAACUUCUUCCAAAAAUGAAAGCAGGAGGCCACAAGGUCCUUAUCUUCUCUCAAAUGGUGCGCUGCCUUGAUAUUUUGGAGGAUUACCUUAUACAUAAAAGAUACUUAUAUGAACGAAUCGAUGGACGAGUACGAGGCAACCUCAGGCAAGCUGCAAUUGACCGGUUCAGCAAACCAGAUUCCGAUCGCUUUGUGUUCCUUCUGUGCACCAGAGCUGGUGGUUUGGGGAUUAAUUUGACUGCAGCAGAUACGUGCAUAAUUUUUGAUUCAGAUUGGAAUCCUCAAAAUGAUCUGCAGGCUCAAGCCCGUUGUCACAGGAUUGGUCAGAACAAAGCAGUGAAGGUCUACAGACUGAUAACUCGUAACUCAUAUGAAAGAGAGAUGUUUGACAGAGCAAGUCUGAAGUUGGGACUGGAUAAGGCUGUCUUACAGAGUAUGAGUGGAAGAGAAAACAGUGUUGGUGGUAUCCAACAACUCUCUAAAAAAGAAAUAGAAGACUUGCUUCGAAGAGGUGCGUAUGGUGCCAUUAUGGAUGAAGAAGAUGAGGGCUCCAAAUUCUGUGAGGAAGACAUCGACCAAAUUUUGCAGCGGCGUACCAAAACUAUCACAAUUGAAUCAGAAGGAAGGGGCUCCACAUUUGCCAAGGCUAGUUUUGUUGCUUCUGGAAACAGGACUGAUAUUUCUCUAGAUGAUCCCAACUUCUGGCAGAAAUGGGCCAAAAAAGCAGAAAUAGAUAUAGAUGCUAUCAGUGGCCGAAACAGCCUGGUUAUUGAUACCCCACGAAUUAGAAAACAAACAAGGCCCUUCAGUGCUACAAAAGAUGAACUGGCUGAAUUGUCUGAAGUGGAGAGCGAGGGGGAGGAUAAGCCCAAACUCCGCAGGCCUUGUGAUCGUUCCAAUGGAUAUGGAAGAACGGAGUGCUUUCGGGUGGAGAAAAACUUACUGGUCUAUGGAUGGGGUCGAUGGAGAGAGAUUUUAUCACAUGGUCGCUUCAAGAGACAGCUAAAUGAACAGGACGUGGAGAUAAUUUGCCGAGCUCUCUUAGCCUAUUGUCUUGUUCACUACAGAGGGGAUGAGAAAAUAAAAAGUUUUAUAUGGGAUCUGAUUACUCCAACAGAAGAUGGGCAAACACGAGAGUUGCAGAAUCAUCUUGGCCUGUCAGCACCUGUGCCUAGAGGAAGAAAAGGAAAAAAAGUGAAGACCCAGGCCAGCACUUUUGAUAUACACAAAGCAGAAUGGCUUCGAAAGUACAAUCCAGAACAUCUGUUGCAAGAUGAAGGAUACAAAAAGCACAUAAAACACCACUGCAACAAGUAAGUAGCAGUUGAAGUGU